UUUGACUCCCUGAUCAUGGCGGACGGCGACGCGCUGGACGUCUACGCCGGCAAGAUCAGUGGAAUGAAGGCGAGCUUCGCGAGUCUCGGAUCGACGCUCGAUGACGCAGCGCUAGUCAAGAAGCUGCUCGACACCGUGCCUGACCGGUUGUAUCCGGCGGUGGCCGGCAUCGAGCAGUUUUGCGACGUGGCGUCCAUGCCGUUCGAGGAGGCGCUCGGGCGGCUCAAGGCGUUCGACGAGCGAUCAAGGCGGCGGGCUCAGCUGACGGGCGCACAGGCAACGUCCGGUGAUCAAGGCGGCGAACGGCUUCUCCUCACGGAGGAGGAAUGGCGGGCGCGGCGCAAGGUGAAGUCCAGCAUUGGCAAAUGCUUCAAUUGCGGCGUCCGUGGCCACUUCGCGCGCGACUGCCGCAAGCCGAAGAAGGAGGUCGUCAUGGCGGCCACGGCGGAUGUCGGCGACGAGUCGACCGAAGCAGCUCUUUUCUGAAGAGUCCGGCGUCGGUGGCGCUGGGAUCCGGCGUAGGGCGCUGGGUUUAGGGGGUGAGUGUGGGAAUAAACCCAUCGCCGUUGACACGAUCAUGGCGACGGAGUGUGCGUGUGUUCAAGCCUGGUGGCGUGUGUGCGCGCCAGGGCGUUGUGUGUGUGCGCCAAGC